UGGCACGAUUUGUGAGCACGAUCAAGCGGUGGUAAGCAGAAAUUAAUUCAUUUCGUCUAUUGUAAAUUACUAACGUAAUCCAUUUUCUAUUUAAGGAAUAGAGUUAGCAUACAAUUUCCUCAUACCAUAUUUCUUUCUACUUUUUGUUUUUAUUUUUUUCCCCAAAAAUGGUUCUCGCCGGUAAACUUAUUACUGAACUUGGGAUUAAAACAACUGCUGAAAAAUUCUUCAAACUAUUCUCAUCAGAACUUCAUGAAGUGCAAAACGUUUGUGAAAGGGUUCAUGAAACGAAGCUGCAUCGGGGUGAUGACUGGCAUGACACUGACAAGGUUCUACAUUGGACUUAUGUCAUAGAUGGUAAGGUGCACACAUGUUAUGAGAUUAUUGAAGAAGUUGAUGAACAAAACAAAAAAUCAACUUUUAAGCUCUUUGGUGGAGAUAUUGAUGAGGACUAUAAGGUCUUUAAGCUCAUCCUUGAGGUAAUCGAUAAAAGAGAUGGUAGUGCUACUGUUAAAUGGACCAUUGAAUAUGAGAAAAGCAAUGAAGAUAUUGAUCCUCCAAAUGGCUGGAUGGACUACCUUAACAAACUCACUCGAGAUGUUGAUGCUCACAUUGUCAAAGGUGCAAGGUAACUCUAUAAGUCACAAAAUAUGUUAAAUAAGUCACAAAAUAACAAAUAAGUUGUAAUGGGUUAAUAAUGCAUUUGGGGUUGAGUUAAAUAAUACUUCCUCUGUCUCAAAAUAUAUCAUCAAAUUAAAGUUAAUGUAUUUAUUGUUUAUAUUUGGAACAGAGGAGUGAGAAAUAAGUUGUAAUGGGUUAAUAAUGUUUUGGGUUGUGUUAAAUGUUUAUCUUUAUAAUUAGUAUGAUAUGAUGUUUGUAAUGGUAUAUUUGACUAUGUAUUGUAAAUCAAUAAAUUGAUAUUUGUUUUCUGAAA